AGACGACGACGACGACGACACACACACACAGACACACCGACCGCGAUCGUCAACGGUCACACACGCGCUUUGUUGUCACACCACACACACGAGUCAACUGCUCGGCGUCGUCGAUCUUUUCUACGCACACGUACUCAUAACAUAAUAUUUUUCAUAGUUUAUUAUACACAUUAUCGUUUUUUAGAUAUUUUUUGCGACGUCGUGUGCGUUAACGCGAAUUCAACAACAUUUGAAUUACAUAUUUUAAUAAAUCUGUAAUUUUUUUCGCGCAUUUUACCGACACGGCUCGAUCGGAUUAAAAUAUUCUUAACAUCUGUCAUCGCGUUCGAAAUAAUAUGCAAACGAUUUGAGUGAAAAAAAAAACUGUGAUAAUAAUAUUAUAUUAUAAUAUACAGUACACGAACACGCGCGCACGACAAGUGUUCUUCGCCGACGGACGUUUCCCGGUCGUUUGAGUUCGCGUGAAAAUCUUUUUUUGGGGGCCGGUGAUGCGUGAUGGUCGGACCGCGUGCGGUAACCGUGAUGUUUUACGUGACGGCUGCGUUGACGUUGGCUGCGGCUGCAGUGGCGUCGGCGGCGGCGACGGCAGAGGCGUCGGAGUUCGUGGAGUUGACGACUAACAACGUCAACAACAACAACAACAACAACGACAUCGACCACAACAACAAUAACGGCCACGACGACCGGCGGCCGACGACCGUGCAACCAGCUUUGGUUGACCAACAACAGCCUCAGCAACAACCACAGCCCAGGAGGUUCAGACACGAAGCGUCCGCAGUCAGAGUCCUCUACCAGACAGGGAGCUCGGAGGAAGAGUUGCCGGUGUGCGAAAAGUGGGCGGUGUGCAGCAAGGUGGACAUGUAUCAAUGGCCGUGGGUGGAGAGGCAGUGCAGGUGUCCGUCGGGCGUGCCGCCGUGCUCGCAAAUGCUGUCGCCGGCUGAUGGGCACACCAUCACCGACAAAACGAGGCAGUUCAAGCUAUGCGAGCCAAUCAAGAUGUUGCCCAAAUGUCGUUACUUCCGCGACAUGGCGUGGACACUGCGCAGYGAGGGAAAUGGUACGCUGCAAACGGUCCAUUGUCACUGCCCCAAGGGUUCGGUUGCCUAUCUGCUGAAGCGACAAACGUACCAGACCGAGUCCAAACAGAUCGGCUACCAGUACUCGUUCGCAUGUUCCCCGCAAAGCCGACUCCGGUGCCAGCGUAAAGAACCUUGUCGGCUGUUCACGGUGCGCAAGCGACAGGAGAUGGUGGACGAGGUCAACACUAACACGCUGUGUCAGUGUCCACCGGAACACGGGUGUCCGUCUCAUCACACGGACGCGGGAGUGAUACAGAGUAAGAACUACUCGGAGGAGAACAUCCGAACGUAUAGCGGAUAUUGUAUGCAACCAUCAGCCAACUAAACUCACGUACCCUCGCUCACAAAAUCCCACCCUUAGUUGGCCAACCCACGAGGACAGCAUAACCGAUGACAGAGGGACAUUUUUUUUUUUUUUUAAAUUAUUUUGAUUAAUUCGUCAAUAUUUUUAACAUUACGACGACAUUAAUAUAAAU